UAAAAAGUGUUUUGCUUUGCUUUGCUUGUUGCUCAUCUUCUCUCUCUGCUGUAAUGGCAGCUUCAUUAUUAUUAUUAUUAUUAUUUUCAUAGCUUUCUUCUACAUCAUUUCAUUAUCAAUGGGUAAGAAAGGUGGAUCUUCAUGGCUCACCGCUGUCAAAAGAGCUUUCCGAUCUCCUUCUAAACCAGACUCCGAUAAAAAAACUACUCCCACUAAAACUCCACAACAUCAUCUUCAUCAUCAUCAUCAUGAAGAAGAAGAUGACAAGAAACGAGAAAAGAGGAGAUGGUUGUUCCGAAAGGCGAAUACGGCCCCAGAAAAUGCAACAGUAGCAGCUGCUCCGUUGCCGAAGGUGGCUAAUGCGGGCGUUUCAGUAGAAGCGCCCGCUGCGGAGCAGAGGCAUGCUGUUGCGUUGGCUGCCGCAGCUGCGGCAGCCGCCCAGGCCGCAAUGGAAGUGGCUCGGAUGAGUAGGCAGACGGCUAGUUAUUCUAGGGAGCACUAUGCAGCUAUUAUAAUACAGACGGCUUUUAGAGGUUAUCUGGCGAGGAGAGCUCUUCGUGCACUUAAAGGGCUGGUAAAACUGCAAGCAUUAGUGAGGGGUCACAAUGUGAGAAAACAAGCUAAAAUGACACUUCAAUGCAUGCAAGCUUUGGUUAGAGUGCAGGCUCGUGUUCUUGAUCAACGCUUGAAGCAAUCCGAUCAGAGUAGUCGAAAAUCUACGUUUAGUGACACUAAUAGCGCAUGGGGUUCGCGUUAUCAUCAAGAUAUUUCUGACCGCAGAUCUAUGUCACGAGAUGGAAGUAGCGUCGCUGAUGAUUGGGAUGAACGCCCGCACACUAUCGAAGAAGUGAAAGCAAUGCUUCAUCAUAGAGCUGUUGCUAGACGUGAUAAGACCUUAUCGCAAGCCUUCUCUCAAGAGGAAAAGAUGCGAAACGGUAGGAAUCCAUCAAUGGAGAGUGAUAACGAGCUCGGUCUUGGAGAUAGACACCAAUGGCUAGAUAGAUGGAUGGGUUCGAAACCAUGGGAAACCAGGCCCAUGGCUCGCGCCUCAACAGAUCAACGAGACGGUAUUAAAACAGUGGAAGUCGACACGUCACAACCUUACUCAAACUUACCACCUAACCAUUACAGAAGAUCAAGUUAUCAAUACAACCUCCACCACCACCACCACCAAAAUCCACGAAAUUCCUCCGCCUCGCCUCUCCACCGAGCCCCCGUAACACCUUCACCAUCCAAAACACGGCCUAUACAAGUGCGAUCCGCCAGCCCGAACUAUGUUAGAGACGACAGAAGCUAUCACAGUACCAAAAGUCAAACCCCGAGUCUACGGUCAAACUACAGUUUCAACUCUACAUUACAUCAACAACAUAGGGGUUCAACCAGUGGAGGGUCAAUGCCUAACUACAUGGCUGCAACCGAGUCAGCUAAGGCUCGAGUCCGGUCCCAAAGCGCACCCAGACAAAGACCUUCGACCCCUGAACGGGAUAGACCCGGGUCAGCCAAGAAACGCCUAUCUUUCCCAGUUCCAGACCCGCAUAGUGGACGUGUAUACAACCAACAGAACUUACGGAGUCCAAGCUUUACGAGUGUGAACGAACCAUACGCGUACAUGGGUAUCGAGCAGCAGUCUAACUACUCAUCUUAUUAUACCGAGAGCAUCGCAGGCGGCGAAGUGUCUCCUUGUUCGACUACCGAUCUUAGGCGGUGGCUGCGGUGAUUAAUCUAAUAAUAAAAGAUUAAAAUCUAACUUUGGUCAAUUUAUUUGAUUAAGAUCUAAGAUAAGAAGAUGUUUGAUGGUUGUUUUGAUUUUCAAUUGUUUAGUUAAAAUGCUGAUAUAAUUCAUUAGUUUUGGUCAAGGUAGAAACUACAAUAGGAAAAGGUUAAAGUGUGGUGUGUGGUUGUGAUUAAUUAAUUUUUAUAUAAUUGGAUGUGCAAUUUGUUGUA